UACAAGCUGUAGCAUGAAAGGAGAGUUGCUUACUGAGUAUGAGAAAGUAGCUGAUGUUUUUCAUAAGCAAACUAUUCCCAUGCAUUUAACUGGAAAGAAGAAAAGCACAAACAGUGUAUCCAAGAUAAAAGCACCAAACAGUUGUGCUUGAGAGGUACAAUUGUGGCAGCAAAAAAUGUGGUUUUUGAGGAUCUGAAAAUAGCUGUAACGGCUGGGGGAUGUUCUUUGAUGGUCUGUUUCAUCUUACGGCAAGAGAGGGCAUUUCCUUUGAUUUACUUCAAUAAACAAUGCAAUUUCGUUGCUACUGUGAAGAUCUCUAUACAAGUUGAAAUUCCAGUGACCCAUUUUUUUCUUCCCCUUCAGUGAAAAGAAAGCAAGCUGCACAGAACUCUGCAAGACAGAAGAGAGAUGAUUCUCCAACUAAUUUAAUCCAGACUAACCUUCAAAGGGACAACAGAUCCGGUCUAGAUGUUCUCAACCACAUGAUCCAGGAAGUAGAGCGUGAACUGGAGGAAUAUGAGCGAUGUACAGGACGUGAGGUCCAAAAAAAAGAGAGAAGUGAAGGCCUGUCUGGGUUUACUCUGUCACUGGUGAACGCCCUCUGUCGUUUGAUGCGUUACCUCAGAGAGACUGAAAUGCAGCUACAUGAGAAAGAUAUGAUGAGGCAGCAGCAGGAGAAGAUGUUGAAUGAACACAGAGAACUAAUUGAUGCUCUGACUGCUGAAGUUCUUCAAGUAAGGGAAGAAAAUGUUACUAUGCAGAAGAAGCUUCAGCAGUACAUGACAGUAACAGAUCAAAAGCUGAUGUGUCUCAUACAAGCAUUUAAAGGCCUCCCUUUGGUAGAACCUGAAAGAGAACAAAGUCCAAAACAUUUUGGAACUGAAAGCAGAGGCCCAGCAAACAGCCAAGAAAAACCUGAUUUGACCUACUCUGACCCCAGGAUUGAUGUGGGCAAUAGGGAAAAUAUGCUAAAAUUUCCACAGGAAGAACUUCCUUUCACGCUUUGCCCAGGGCCAGGUGUCUCAGGUGACAUGAGACCAGGUAGAAACUUUCCAGCUCACAUCUUCCAGCCAGCUGUGCUGUUGUCCCCACCACAGCAGAAGAGCAGUCAGGAAUUGUCUUCCCUCCAGAACGUUUUUGCAGCCAUUUCCCAGUCUACUGAAAGAGAGCCAUGCAAAGAAAGAAGCAUACCUUCCUCCCUGAGGACACAGAGCACAACUGAAGAAAACUGUCCUAUCUCUCGGAGGCAACCAAUUCCUCCUGCAGACAAAGACUUGGAGGGUUCUCACAAGAAAAUCAAUCUGUCCUGCCCAGGUGAUGCUGGGAAAAACAGUACAGCUGAAGAGUUCCUUCAGAAUGGUGAUCUGCUGGGACAGAUAGCUGAGCUCACACGGCAGAAUGCUCUAAUUAAAGCUCAACUGAGCAAAUUCAGAGGUGUCCCUGGAGACAAAAGCGAUUGUCUACAUCAGCCAGACCUGACACAAAAUCCUAGUCCAGACUCUUCACAAGGACAGAGUCAUCUCACGGUAUCACGAUGCUUGGAGGAAAGAAUAGCAGAGCUGAAUCGGCAGAGUACAGAAGCACGGGAUAAACUGUUGCAGUUGAUAGACCAGCAGAAAUCAGCUGUUGCUGACAUGGUCCCUCCAAUGCUGUCUCCUGUUCCAACCCCAUCCCUGAAUUACACUGAAAAUUCAAGGACAGUUGAAGUGUCUGUUCCCGUAGCAGUGGCUGUGGACAGCUCCAAGGAUGACAGUAUUCCCCAUGCCAGUAUGACCAGUAUAAGAAGGUCUGUAGGAGACUCCAGCAAACCUUUUUCAGCUUUAAGUGCCACGUCAGAAAGUGCCAAAUUGACUUCUGUCAGCCAAAGACAAAAGGCAGAAAAGCAGAAAGAAGAAGGAUGGUUUGCAUUGUCAAUGCACGUUAUGUAAAGGAAGCUGAGCUCAAGUCCUGUAUUUUUAAAAUAUUUUUUAAUGAACUACAAAUAAAUCACAAUCUCUCCCUACAGAUGUACA